GGGCGCAGUGCGCGGCCGGGAGGAGCCGCGGGCGGCGCCGCUCGCUCGGUGCCCGGUGCGCGGUGCGCGGAGCCCGGUGCGCGGAGCGCGGCCCGCCAUGAACAGCAUCAAGAGCGUCCCGGCGCGGGUGCUGAGCCGCCGAGCGGGGCACAGCCUGGAGGCGGAGCGGGAGCAGUUCGACAAGAACCAGGCCAUCAGCAUCAGCAAGGCCAUAAAUACGCAAGAGGCACCGGUGAAGGAGAAACAUGUGCGCCGGAUCAUCCUGGGGACGCACCAUGAGAAGGGGGCCUUCACCUUCUGGUCCUAUGCCAUCGGGCUGCCCCUGCCCAGCAGCUCCAUCCUCAGCUGGAAGUUCUGCCACGUCCUGCACAAAGUCCUGCGCGAUGGCCACCCCAACGUCCUCCAGGACUGCCAGCGGUACCGCAGCAACAUCCGCGAGGUGGGAGACCUGUGGGGCCAUUUGCACGACCGCUACGGGCAGCUGGUGAGCAUCUACACGCGGCUCCUCCUCACCAAGAUCUCCUUCCACGCCAAGCACCACGAGUUCCCCCCGGGCCUCGAAGUGUCGGAUGAGGUGCUGGAAAAGACGGCGGGGACGGAUGUGAAUAACAUCUUCCAGCUGACGGUGGAGCUGUUUGACUACCUGGACUGCGAGCUGAAGCUGUCAGAGUCAGUUUUCCGGCAGCUCAACACCUCCAUGGCGCUCUCGCAGAUGUCGGCGGUGCAGUGCCGCCUGGCCCCCCUCAUCCAGGUGAUCCAGGACUGCAGCCACCUCUACCACUACGCCGUCAAGCUCAUGUUCAAGCUGCACUCCUGUCUGCCAGCUGACACGCUGCAGGGCCACCGCGACCGCUUCCACGAGCAGUUUCGCAGCCUCAAAAGCUUCUUUAAGAAAGCCUCCGACAUGCUGUAUUUCAAGCGGCUCAUCCAGAUCCCCCGGCUGCCAGAGAACCCCCCAAAUUUCUUGCGGGCGUCCGCACUGGCAGAGCACGUGAAGCCGGUGGUCGUCAUCCCCGAGGAAGCCCCCGAGGACGAGGAGCCGGAGAACCUCAUCGAGAUCAGCACAGCUUCCACCACAGAGCCCCAGAUCACCUCGGAUAUAUUUCAGCAAACCUUCGGGCCACCCAACGGCAUUCGGGAUGACAGGGACGCGCAGAUCGAGAGCCUGAAGAAGGAGGUGGACACGCUCCGCGCGGAGAUGGAGAAGAUUAAGCUGGAGGCGCAGCGGUACAUCACGCAGCUCAAGGCGCAGGUAAACAGCCUGGAGGGCGAGGUGGAGGAGCAGCGCAAGCAGAAGCAGAAGGCGCUGGUGGACAACGAGCAGCUCCGGGAUGAGCUGGAGAGGCUGCAGCAGGUGAAGCAGGACAGCGACCGGUCCCUGCGGCUCUGCGCCGAGGCAGAAAGUAGGUGCAGGGCAGCUGCUUCGCCCAGCAGCACCCGUCGGCUGCGGGAAGCCCCUGCGGUGGGCGCUGAUGUGUUCUCACCCCCUCCAGAGAAAGCCAACGCCACCGAGAUUCGCUACACGAAGCUGAAGGAGAAGCACAGCGAGCUCAUCAACACCCACGCCGAGCUCCUGAGGAAGAACGCUGACACGGCCAAGCAGCUGACGGUGACGCAGCAGAGCCAGGAGGAGGUGGCGCGAGUCAAGGAGCAGCUGGAGUUUCAGGUUGAGCAGGUCAAGCGGGAAGCAGAGAUGAAGCUGGAGGACCAGAGCGUGCAGAUGGAGCAGCUGCGGCGGGAGCUGGACGCCCGGCGGGACGAGCUGGACCAGGCGCAGUGCUCGCUCAGCCACGCCAAGCAGGCAGGCACGGAGCUCAGCGCCCAGGUGGAGACCCUGCAGGCUGAGAAGGAGCAGCUGAGGCGCUCAGUGAGCGAGAAGGAGCGCGAGCUGCUCUCCACUCGCAGCCUUGUCCAGGAGAAGGAGCUGCAGCUGAGCCAGGAGGCCGACAAGGCCAGCAGGGAGAUCUGCGAGCUGCAGGGCAAGCUCCUGGAGAAGAGCAACCAGGAGCAGAGCCUGCAGCAGAAGCUGCUGGACGAGCAGUUCGGCAUCCUGCAGGAGGCAGUGCGGGAGGCCGAGGGCAUCCUCCGCGACGCGGUGGCCAAGCUGGACGACCCGCUGCAUGUCCGCUGCACCAGCUCCCCAGAUUACCUGCUCAGCCGUGCAGAGGCGGCGCUGGAGUCCACGGAUGCUCUGGAGAGCGGGCACGCGCAGUACGUGGCCUCCAUGGCAGAUGCUGCAGCACUGGUGGGGGCUCUGGCUCUCUUCACACACCUAACAGCUGACACCAUCGUGAACGGCAGCGCCACGUCCCACCUGGCUCCCACCGACCACGCUGACCGGCUGACGGAGACGUGCCGGGACUGCGGGCAGCGGAGCCUGGACUACCUGGGCGAGCUGAAGGACAAGCAGACGCUGGGGCGCGCUGAGCUGGGGGACGUGCGGCGGGCGCUGCGAGGUGUCCUGGGGCUGGCCCAGGAGCUGAGACCGAAAAGCUUGGACAUCAAGCAGGAAGAGCUAGGGGACAUGGUUGAGAAGGAGAUGGCCUCCACCUCUGCGGCAAUUGAAGACGCUGUCAGGCGGAUAGAGGAGAUGAUGAGCCGGGCCAGGAACGAAAGCUCUGGCAUCAAACUCGAAGUGAACGAGCGGAUUCUGAACUCCUGCACGGACCUCAUGAAGGCCAUUAGACUUCUUGUAAUGACAUCCACGAACUUACAGAAGGAAAUAGUAGAGAGUGGCCGGGGGGCAGCAACAACUCAGGAGUUUUACGCCAAGAACUCACGCUGGACUGAAGGGCUGAUCUCUGCCUCCAAGGCGGUGGGCUGGGGAGCCACGCAGCUCGUAGAAUCAGCAGACAGAGUUGUCCUGCACACAGGCAAAUACGAAGAACUGAUCGUCUGCUCCCAUGAAAUCGCUGCCAGCACGGCUCAGCUGGUAGCUGCAUCCAAGGUGAAAGCCGAGAAGAGCAGCAGAAACUUGGGCAAGCUCCAGGAGUGCUCACGCAACGUCAACGAGAUGGCUGCCAACGUGGUGGCUUCCACCAGGACAGGGCAGGAGCAGAUCGAGGAGAAAGACACCAUGGACUUUUCAGGCAUGUCCCUCAUCAAGCUGAAGAAGGAAGAAAUGGAGACACAGGUGAAGGUGCUGGAGCUGGAGAAGUGUCUGGAGGGCGAGCGGGUGCGCCUAGGUGAGCUGAGGAAGCAGCACUACGCCUUGGCUGGCGCCUACGACGCGGCGGAGGACGGGGAGACCAGGCCGGCGCCGGCCCCCAGGCGAGGCAUCCUCAAGAAGCCGGCCCUGGCCCAGAAACCCGGCCACGUCCUGGGGCCGGACAGGGAGGGCUGAGUUUCACUUCAGCUCCUGGCGCAGCUCAGAUGCACCAGUGAAUGUGGACACCUGAAGCAAAGACACCCACGCGAGGGUGAGCACAGCACCCAUGUAGAUAAGAGGAGUACCUUUAAAAAAAUAAUUAUCUAGAGUCAACAUUUUCAUCCAGUUCCUCAUGACACUAAGGCAAUUAUGAUAAAAUUUCAUACAAGCCCCAGUACAAAGCAUGUAGUUCACAUGAUUAACAAUAGGCUGUAAACCUGUUAAAAUUACAGCUUGCUAUAUCUAAAGAAUGAAACCUUUACAAGGUGUUUUAUUAUUCAAUGUUGUAGCCGCCUCUUGAAGACCUGAGCUUUCUGAGGUUGCACAUCACAAAACAGAUGUUACCAGGUUAUGAACAACCAACCCUGGCAGCGUGGUGAGCUGUAAUUCUCAUUUCCCAACCCAUCAUACCCAAAAAGAAGAGAGCCCACAUCUUGAAAACAGGCUUUGGUGUUAAAUACUGGUGUCACUGGGCAAGACAAGCAGCUAGCUGAAUCCUGCAAGCUACAGCGAGUGCUUCUCCAGCCUGACAAGGCGCAUCGUUCCUUGGAAGGCAAGGAGAACCUUUUAUCUGGGGCAGCACUGGAGGAGAGGCUUUAAUUUAUUGGGUGACCAAUAAAUACCACACCGUGCUGUCACGUUACCGCAAUGACCGUGGCCAGCCCCGUACUUCUAAGUUCCGUUUCUUUCUGAAACCCUUUCUCUUCACACAAGGAAGUGCUUGCUGCAGUAGCUUGCAGUCUAUUUAUAGGCGGUGAUAAAGCUGUAUUUGCUGGGAGACUGACGUCAUCCUGACCACUCACACCAGCACAUCUCAUAAUGGAAAUAUUGAUUAAUCAAGAAUGCUAACUUUUAAAUUGCGCUACCGUAAAUCUAGCCACAGCUCUAUUUAAAGUUUAAAGAAUUCAAAAGCAAAGUGAUGUUGGCUUUAAAAGCAGUCCUAUGGGUGAAUGGAACUUGUUCAACAACACUGCUGUUUCAUUAUGAUUUACUUAAAUCAAUACUUGCAGAGGCUGCAGGUAAAGUGACCCAUGCAAGCAUGUACAAAAAGUCAAAAAAAUAACAGCAGAAACCAGCCCCAAAUGCCACUUAAAACAUAACUUAUAUUCUAAAGUAGUUUUAUAUCAAAAUUAAGCUUGUUGUCCAUUCUAAGACUUCCUCAAUUGCCAUAAUUUUUGGAAAGUAUGUGCUAGUCAUAGCAGCCAUUAAAAAAAUAAACCACACCACAAACCGUCUAUGCAACGGUUUAUUCUAAGAUUCCAUCAAGACACCCUGCUGUACAGGAUCCAAUUUGCUAAUGAGUUUUAAAUGCCAUUAUUGUAUCUGUGGAGCAAGGAAGAUGCUUAGAACUGUGCCGAGAACAAAUUUUGCUCAGUACUUGCAACAAAAACAGUGGAAAAUAACCAAGAGAAAGAUGUGAAACAUGACAGUCCGCUCCCUCCUACCAAGGUUAGUUCAGUGCAGUUUAUUUUUCUUGAAGCAGUUUUCAAGCAGCCUCUUAUCAAAGCCCUUCUCUCCCCCACCCUUUGGCUCCCUCGGCAGCCAAAUCUCAUGUAACCACAAAUGAGUUUGGACGCAAGCACACAAAACAGCUGAAGUUCAGUACCUGCACUGCUAAAGAGAGCAAGGUUUACAAAACACAAGUCUCUUAGAUCACUGAGAAGAACAACUCCAUUGAAAGUAAGCACACAAAUAGAAAAUGCUGCCAUUACCCGCUCUAGGAAAUCAGGUAAGAAAGAAACUUCUGUAAAAAUGUUUUUAAGAGCCCUUAAAGCCAUGAGCAGCAGCCACCCACUUGCAGGGUGGGUUAUUUCCCUUCUGAGCCUAACCUGCAGGGCUCCAGGUAAGUGUGUGCUUCUGUGCAAUGCUUCUUGGUGCAGGCAUUCCCUGAAUGGCCCAACUGGGAAAAUUGCUUGGGAAGUAAAGAAAUAUCAGCCAAGACAGCCAUUUUACAAACGCCCCCAGGGUCAGCUAGCUUAAUUUAAAACAGCAUGAUGCAAAGAGGCCGUAUAUAGCCCUUGCAAAACGUCACUGGUAGCGUGAGACAGCUAACACACACACACCACCCCAAAGGGCAGCAUAAAUUUCCACAGCACGGUCAGUAUUUUCUCUCCUCAAGCAGCGGUCUCCUUCCCCUGCCAAGAACCACAUCCACUUUGUUGACCCCAUCCUCCAAGGAACGUGGCUGCCUUCUUCCCAGCCUUACCAGAGGGGCCAAGAACAUGCCCCAGGCUGCCCAGGACCAGCCUUCGGGACAUCAGUCAGGGCACACAAGUGUCAUAAAGCUUCACUGAAGCUUCACGUGAGAAAUUCUCUCUAAAGAAAUCAGUCUGAAAAGCAACACGUGUUUCAAUCGCAGUGACAAAGCCUCAGAAGUAAACAGACAAACCUGUGGAAGAUUCCGUCGGGGUCGAUUAACGUAAGAGGACUCAGAUUAGAGGAACAAGUGUUACAGAAGGAUGGGUGUAGGCUUGCGUGACCUCCAAAGCCAGCUUCCAAAGAGAAAGGAGGGCUCAAGACAUGAAACACUACCAGUACAUCACCAAUACACCACUUAAGGCUUUGUUACCCGUUACACAACCGACAUGUAGGUCCCCUACCUGGCAGCAUCUCACCGCACCGGCUCUCUCUCCUUUGGCUAAGGAAUAAUCCCACCUAGAUCAAUGGUUUAGCACAUGGUGGCCCCAUGGAAAGGCAUCCGAACACCCCCAUUUCGGAACAGGCACACCUUGAGGCUUGGUGCACACCAAAACAUGGGUGUUGCUGCAGAUUCUUAGAAGAGCGGCAUUACGGAGCUGCAGCUUUUACAUAACACCACCUCCUUCCCUCGCCCACCUGCACUGAGUCAGCACAGCAAGCUUUCUGUAGUUGUAGUUUCCUAUUUCUGCAUUAGAAGAAGGUGAUCAAAUCUCUGCAGCCACCACAAAUGGAACACAUCAAGAAGAAAAAGGAAAAAAAAAAUAAAGGGAUUUUCUCCCAUAUAUUAUUAUCAGUUAUUCUGCAGCAGGACUUCUAUUUUACAUUGCUAUUAAAAUGACAGAUGUUACAGAAAAUUACAUCAGGUUCUUUCUGUCGUCUGACUCAUAUUCCUAAAUAAUUUUGCAUGACUCAUUUCUCCUCACUUGGCUGAAAUCUAAGUUUUUCCUUUAUUAACAAAUAAAAGCGGGCUUCCCCCU